AUGGUUGAACCUGUCGCCAGGAUUCGUCCCUAUGAGCUGAGGGAUAGGAAACUAGUCCGUUUCAUGCUUGGGAAGGGCGGCAUGGAACCUCUCACAGUCGCGAACCGGCAAGUCUACUUUAACCCACUGGUCAUGGCCGUGUGGAUUGGCUUGUCCUGCAUUUCCGUAGAAGCAUUGGGUUGGUGGCCCAAUGUCGAAGACUACGGCCUCCUGGGCUAUUUUCAACCAUUUCCCGUCUUUGCCUGCGUCGCUGUCGUCUUCAUGGUUAUCUGCGACUGGAUUAACCGUCCGUCGUUUGAGGAUCCCACGAAUGCAAUGCUUCGGCGGCCGGACCUUGUCGACAUCGAGGUCUAUUAUGCUCGCUCUCCGUCUUCGGGCUUCUGGCUCCUAGAGUAUGGAGAGAAAUUUGUCGGCCUCAUCGCUAUUGACGCGUCACUUGACGCCGAGUCCGAGGAAGUUAUCGGACCCACGUCGCCUCCUCAGCCCAAAAACGUCAAGACCGGCAAGUUGGAGUUGCCCAAAGGAACGUCGCCUUCAGCGACCAUCCGCCAUUUCUAUGUCGAGGAACCGUACCGCGUCGCGGGAAUACAGAACGACCUGCUCGAGCACGCAAUAACGCACGCAUUUAAUUCAGACAGUACUGUCCAGAAUAUCAUCGCUGUCGACUCGCCGCAGAAUAGUUAUAUUGGCAAGGCGUUGCGGAAUAAUGGGUUCCAGUUGGACAAGAAGUUGGGUACUUACGGGGUCCUCAGGUGGCAAAAUAGCGCACGGAUCUUGAAGAGGAAGAGUUGGCAGUCGUCCCAUACAUGA